CCCUCGCGCGAAGUGCGUUGGUGCUUAGCGCCUACCUGCUGUGUAAGAGAGUACCAUCGCACGUCAAACAGACUCCAGGGUGAUUUGGCAGACGCAUAUUAUUACUACCGAAGCGCAAUAUAACAAUCAAAACCAGGAGUGUUUGAUCUGUCAAUUAUUUUUUUCCGUGUACCGACUGCGGCACAUAACUGAGUUGCGUUGACUGUUGUCUCGCGUUACAGAAAUACCUGGCAGAUUAGUGUGCAACAAAACCAGUACUAAUGUUGUGUCCUACCAAUAUCAUGAGUGGCAUUACAUUCUUGUCGUUAACUGUAUUGAAUAGAAGUGGACUACUACCAGAAUCAUGUGGUAAAUUAAGAUAAAAAUGGAGUUUGUCUCCUUCACUGGUCUGUCAUCAUCCCAUAGGGCUUCACUCCUUCACAGUAAUGGUAUAAAUAUGUUUUACUGGUGACUGUUUGACUUCUACACAUCGAGUAACUUGACAGUGUCAGCGAGUGAAAAGUUUCUUGAAUCUUUAAAAUGGCUUUAUACACAUUGCCAUCAUUGCAGAGUUGGUUGGGUCAUGAACUUGAGGUCAGAGGUAUUGACGCCAUGAUCUAUACCAGAUACAUACUUAGUAUCUUGCAGCAAGACAACCUUGAUGUGGAAAGAGAGUUGCUGCAGUCACCAGGUGAAAACACCCUGCAGCGUCCUGGUAAGGAUAUUUGUAAGUCUGGGAAAGGCAAGAAUGUGAAGAGACCAAAAAGUUUAGAUGUCGAAGACUUCAAGAAAAGUACUGCAGUGAAAUGCUUACAAUCUGUUGUAGAGCAGGAAUGUGAUAUUGAGAAUCUAGUAGAAGAACUGUGUGUACGUCUGAAAAGUUUACAUGCAGAGCAGUCUGCUGGUGUCAGCUUAGUAUCAAGCCCUAGGGGACUGCAGAGCAGUGAUUCAGGAAGUGAAUAUCCAGAGAGUGAUCCUGAAAAAUACUAUGAAGCCUUUCCAGCUCUAAGCGACAAGACCAAUUUGUUGCCUCCUGAUCCUAAACCAAGAAAUAGCUGGGCGUCUAAAGUGCUGUCAUGUAAGGGUAAACAUGAUGCUGAAGGUAAUACCUGUAAAGCUGAUAAACGGAAUACACAUAGCUGUUCAAGAAAAACCAAGUCUGCAUCUACAUCAAGAAACAGUACAACACCUACCAAAUAUUAUAUGAAACACCAACGUAAAUAUAGCCUUCCUGAAAAUGGGAUGAAACUUAGAAAGAGUACAUUUUUCUGUCCAGUUGAGUGCAAAAAUUGUGAAAAUGGUACUGAAAUAGCUGCAAACAGUGAAGAAUCCUCUAAAAAGAACAGCACUUGCCAUGAAGUUAAUGCAGAGAGUGCCAGGAAUGAAACUCUAUGCGACUUGCUAGCUUCUUCUGCAAAGGAAGAUUGGAAAUGGUAUACUGAUCCAAUGGCAGAUUUUUUUGUACCAAGCACAGAGAAAAGUAAACUAGAAACUCUUUAUAAACCUAGUGACAAAGACGAGUCUCCUCAAGUUGAUGAGUCUAAUCAAACAGUUUUUAUGGAGAGUCUGCAUCCAGAAGCGAUUGCCAUGGAAACAGAGGAUGAUACGAGGAUGAUACGUCUAAACAAGCAAACUGCCAUGGAGUCUGAAAGUAAAGCUUGUCAGAAAUUGAUUAAGGACACUUUAGAUGAAUUGACCAAUGAUGGUGAAGAUGAUGUUUGUUGUACUGCAUCAGAACUAACAAAGACUGACGAGACAUACUUGAAAACUGAAGACCUGUUUUUGGGAUGCACUGAAUGUUUGAAAAUGACGAAAUCUGAUAAACAAUUGGAAGAGCAUGGUUGUGCAAGUGUCGUUGUAGAAAACAAUAAUGACAAAGAAAAAGAAAGUCUGACAGUGGAAGAUUUGUUUGGAGCCUUUAAUUUAGCUGCUAUUUGGGACAGAAGUCGUGAUGAAGUAGUCACGCCGUCUUGGGAGUUGAAAGUAGAUACAGAUAUUCAAUCAGUGGAACAAGACAUUACUGCAGGUGACAUGGCUGAAACAACUAAUGAGGUGAAAGAAAUGAGUCAAGUACCAGGAAAACAAUUUUUCUUAACCCAGUCUACUCUGGAUCCGGAUAAUCUAAUAAAUCCUGGAUUGCAAACUGCAUGGUCACAUCAUACCACUCCUUAUACCAGUCCUAAUAUGGACUUGAAUAAACAGCAAGAAUGUACAAAUGUAUGUGAAAACCAAACACAUCCAUGGAAUCUUCAUCAUUCUACUGUACUGCCUGAAGAAACUGAGAACAACAACUUUGACUUGUGGGAUGUAAAUAGUGCAUUAUGGUCAACGUAUGAUUUGGAACUGAGUCCUAUACAAUCACCAAUGUUUGUUGAUUAUAAUCUUAGAGCAUCUGGAAUUCAGUCUGAAUUUCCAUCAAAAGAGACCAGCUUCAUUCCAGGAGGGGUCUACGGUGAUAUUGAGAUUAAAACAGGUGAUUGUACGAAGACAGAUACAAAUAUCAGUCCACAGGAUCUAUGGGAAAGCGAUCCCAUAGGUCAGCAAUAUCCUCCAUUUUCUAGUAGGAAUUCUUCAAGAUUUUCGUUUGCCCAGGCCGACCACGAUAAGAAUAGUAAAACUUAUAACUUUAAUCAAAGGACAACAUCUCGUUUUAGAUUUGCACAAGAAUCCAUGUCGCAGAAUGGUAAAACUUACAGUAGCUCACUGCCUAUAAGUGAUACAUUUAUGAAUGCUUUGAAGGACAAGGAAACACAAUAUAAUUUACAGAGUACAGCUGAAGGUGUCAAAUACUCACAGCAAGAAAUUUUAAGUGAUGAGUUUGUGCCCGACUCUAAUGAGCAUCGACACAGAACUACCACAUUUACAUAUCACAAAGGUGCUUUUACAAAAAUUAUUCCCCAAACUAAAGCUGAAACCUCUGAAACUGGUUCCAGCUGGUCUGGACCUGUCAGGAGAGUGCAGGAAUAUGGACCUUUCCAGUUGUCUGAUACUUCACAAUCUUUUUCCAAGCAAAUGGUGGCAUGGGAAAAUUUAUUAAUUUCUCCGAAAACUCAUUUUAAGCCAAUAAAAGAAAGCUUAUCUUCGGAUUCACCAGGUGAGGGAUACAGCAGCGAGAAUUCUCAGCGGAGUAGCGUGAAAAAUAAUGAAACAAACAUUUUAGAUUUACAUUUAGAAAAUGAUGAUAUUUAUAACGGACUUGGAGGACGAUUUGCUCACAGUGCUCCUGAUUGUGGCGGAAGCAAUAAAUCUGAUCAUAGAAUUAAAUUUUUUCUAAGCCAAUAUGCACAUAGGUGGUCCAUUGGUAGUGAUGAUGCGGAGAUUGCUAAUUAUACCGCCCCUAAAUUAAACCAGACACAAGACAUUGCUAUGUUGUGGCCAACAAACACUAAAGGUUUCAUGAAAAAGCAGAUCAAGGAAACUAUGAAGGAGUCAAAAGAAACAUACAUGGAAGAAGGGCAGCCACAUAGCACAAAUGAUCUUUCAAAUGAUUUUAUGAGAAAGCAGAUCAAGGAAACUAUGAAGGAGUCAAAAGAAACAUACAUGGAAGAAGGGCAGCCACAUAGCACAAAUGAUCUUUCAAAUGAUUUUAUGAAAAAGCAGGUCACGGAAACUAUGAAGGAGCCGACAGAAGUAUACAUGGAAGGAAAGCAGCUACAUAGCACGGAUGAUGUUUUAAAACUUGACAAUUUUCUUAGGUCUGAUUCCCUGAAGAUGUCUAAAGAGAUUAUCCCAAAUCAGCAAGGUUUGUCUAGUAGCCAGAGUCAGGUGGUAGACAAACAGUGUAUGAUUCCAGAUGUGUAUAUUCCUUGGACCAGCAUAUCAGGUGACUCUGAGGAUCAUAUAUUCCCAUUUGAAGGAGAUGUGCCUUUAGAUACAUGUCACAUGCCAUACUCAUCUGAUCUGGAAAAGGAAUGGUUACGAUACACUCAGCCAGAUACGCUGUCAAGGAAAAAACAAUCUGUGAAAAGAGGUUGGAAAAAGCCGUGUACAUUCUAUUUAGAAGGAAGCUGUCACCGUGCUGACUGUAAAUUUGCUCAUGACCUCAGCAAUAUAACUUGUCGCUUUUGGGAAGAAGGAAGCUGUUUCAAGGGGAAAGAUUGUCCAUUUCUACAUGGCUAUCCAAGUGAACCUGAUACUGCUAGUCGACGACAAGACACUGCUUCCAAAUCCAAUGCGUUCUCCUUUGAUGUUCAACAUUUUCCGGAACUGCCAAAAUCUACUAAUGAUAAAGGUUCCUCUUCCAAUGACAGCACUCCUCCAGGUACCCUCCAUAGAAGCACUAUAUUCAAAGCUGAUAUAAACAAGAAAACCAGCAAAUCAUUAUCCAAGAAACUGUCUGUACAACCGGUUGUCAGCAAACACAAGAAAUCAUUGCCUAUCAAUAUCAAGUACAAAAAGUAGAGAAAAAUAUACGAGUCAAGACAGUAACAAGUGUUAUUUAUUAUCUUCUGCAUUUACACUAGAAAUGGUUAUUUCUGAAGAAAUUGCAAAAUAUGGGUUUAAAAUCACUCACUACUGGUCAUGAUACUGUAAUUGAUAAAAACCAUUUGAUGCUCCAUUGCAAUACAUUAUCUCAUGAUAAUGAAAUAAAUUUUUGAAAUGUUUGUUUGCAUUGCUCAUCCAAUCGCAUACAAAAUAAAGCAUUACCAGUACCCCUCCCAUUUCCAGUAAACCUGCCUUUUGCAUUGCUUAUCAAACAUGCAAUAUAAAAUGAAGCAUUACCAGUAUGAAGUCAGUGUUCAAAACGAGCCUUUGUUCUUGUUUUACAGAAUUAUUUCCCCCUUUCCAAUUUAGAAAUUUUACUAAGAUGUGAGACAUAUGGUUGAUGUACAAUGUGCAUAAAAUUAAUGUGGAUUUCUGUUGUACAAACUGUAAUUUACAUACAAUCUACAAUUAAUAAAAGCUUGUAGUUUCAAU